AUGAAAGAGCCAGUGGAGUUGUGUUUCCUAAUCUGUAUACUACUAACCACCCUUGGGCUAGGUGAAUCUCAGCGAAAUGUGGAUAAUAUUGCUCAGACCUUUAAGCAAUUGGGCCUGGGUAAUAUAGUCAAUGUGCCGCUUUACUCUGAUGUGCCUCGACCGGAUAAGAAUUACGACUUUAUUAUUGUUGGAGCCGGAGCAGCUGGCUGUACAUUGGCUGCUCGUCUCUCGGAGAAUCCCAAAUGGCAAGUGUAUUUGAUUGAGGCUGGCGGUGUGGAAAACUUGGUACAUCAAAUCCCAGCAAUGGCUCCAUCAUUGCAAUUGACUGCCUCGAAUUGGGGCUACGAAUCCCAACCACAGCGUCAUGCUUGCUACGGCAUGCACGGCCGGCGAUGUGCUUUACCCAGGGGCAAGGUUUUGGGUGGAACAAGUUCAAUCAAUUUCAUGAUCUACAAUCGUGGCAAUCGUCGGGACUUCGACACCUGGUCACAGCGUGGCAAUUAUGGUUGGAGCUACAAAGAGGUCCUACCGUACUUCCUGCGCAGCGAAUCGGCUCAGCUGCAUGGCCUGGAACACUCGCCCUAUCACAACCACAGUGGACCUCUAAGUGUCGAGGAUGUACGUCAUCGCACACAGUUGGCUCAUGCCUACAUUCGAGCUGCCCAGGAAGCUGGACAUGCACGUACCGAUUACAAUGGCGAGUCACAAUUGGGUGUUUCCUAUGUGCAGGCCAACACGUUGAAGGGUCGUCGUCAUAGCGCCUUCAGGGCGUAUAUAGAACCGAUUCGUGCGUAUCGUAAAAACCUUCAUAUUCUCACUCUGGCCAGGGUUACCCGCAUUCUCAUUGAUGAGGCCACCAAAUCGGCGUAUGGCAUAGAACUGACCCAUGGGGGAAGACGCUUCCAGGUCAAGGCACGCAAAGAGGUCAUACUGUCGGCGGGGGCAUUCAAUUCACCGCAGUUGCUUAUGCUCUCGGGUAUAGGACCAGAGGACAAUCUAAAAGCCAUUGGCAUACCAAUUGUAAAAGUCCUGCCCGUUGGACGACGUAUGUACGAUCACAUGUGCCACUUUGGUCCCACAUUUGUCACCAACACAACGGGACAAUCUCUAUUCACCUCGAAUGUGGGACCACCGGUGCUCAAGGAGUUUUUACUCGGCCGUCCCGACACCUUCCUCUCCACCAUCGGUGGGGUUGAGACCUUGUCCUUUGUCAAAGUGCCCAGAGCGAAGACACCCUCAACCCAACCUGAUAUCGAGUUCAUUCAAGUGGCCGGCAGCCUGGCCAGUGACGAGGGCACUUCAUUGUCUCGUGGAGCCAACCUUAAGCCCGAAAUUUAUGACAAAAUGUAUCGUCAUUUGGCUGACCGCAAACAGGAUCAUUUCAGUUUCCUCAUCAUGCACUUUGCCCCAGCUUCAGUUGGACGACUUUGGCUCCAUAAUCGCAAUCCGCUGGAAUGGCCACGCAUAGAUCCCAAAUAUUUUAUUGUCCAAGAAGAUGUUGAACAUUUGCUGGAGGGCAUUAAAGAGGCCAUUCGUAUAACUAAAAUGCCGGCUCUAAGGGCCAUCGGUACCAGAUUACUCGAACGCUCAGUGCCCGGAUGUGAGGGAUAUUCAUUUGGCUCGGACGACUAUUGGCGCUGCUCCAUUCGCACUUUAUCCUAUACAUUGCAUCAUCAGGUGGCCACCUGUCGCAUGGGACCCGAGAGUGAUCCAACUUCGGUGGUAAGUCCUCAACUGAAGGUCCAUGGUAUGCGGCGAUUACGUGUUGUUGAUACCAGCAUUAUUCCAUUACCGCCAACGGCGCAUACAAAUGCCGCAGCGUUUAUGAUUGGCGAAAAGGCAGCCGAUAUGAUCAGAGAAGAUUGGACGCACUGA